AUGGCAGAAAGCAAUAGUGAAAUAACGCUCACCGAACGAUUGAAUCUCAUUCGUUCAAUUCUACGAUCAGAGGAGCUUUUACAAAUUCAAUCAUCAGGAGAUUAUGAUCAAGUUCGAAUCAAACUCGAUCAUGAUAUUCAAAUAACCUUUUUCUUUGAUUCAUUGAGUAUGUUUAACAAACCAUUGAUAAUAGAGACUGUACACGAUUUACAACUAACAAAAUCAUCAAGUAAAUGUCUUUUAACCAAUGAACAAUGGAUAAAGAUUCGACAAUAUUUCGAUGAACUCAUUCAACAAUCGGAUAAAACAGCAUCAAUUCAAUCAAUUGUUCAAUCAAUUCAAGAUCAUCUUUUACAAAUAUUAGCGUCCAAUAAAACAACGAAGCAAAAAGGUAAAAAACCACCAAAAACAACUAUAUCCGACAAAGAUUCAUCAUCGACAACGAAUAGAUUUCGAGGUGGUGAAUUGAUAUAUAAUCGAAUAUUACACGACAAAACAAUCGACCGAUCGAAAGUUAUCAUUGGUUAUGAAGAUCGUUUUACAGGAAUCCAUGAAAUUGCAUUUAAUGAAUUCAAAAAAGUUCAUGACCACGAGUACGGAGUUCCAAUGCAUCGUCUUCGACAUUUUAAAAUCAACGGACAAGUUGUUUGGGAUAGAACAAACAAAAUCGAUAUUUUAACUGGAAAUAAAAAUAUAACCAAUAGUCAUAACUUAAUAAAAGAUGAUCUACAUCUAGCACAAGGAUUGUUUUAUUUCGAUCAAUCCACUCAGCAAUGGAUACAAUAUCCUCACGUUCCAAUAACAUCUGAUGAUCAAAAGAAUCCAUCAACAAUUGAAACAUGCCUUCCGAGCCGAUGUCACUUUGUAACAUGGAAUAUUCUCGUUGAUUAUCAUCAUUCACAAUUGAUUUAUACAUCACAACGUUAUCAAUCUAUUCUUGAUAACUUAAAAUCACUUUUACCUGAUGUCAUUUGUUUACAAGAAGUGACAAAACCCUUUAUUAAUCUUUUGUUAAAUCAAAUCUGGUUACAAGAAAAUCAUUAUUACAUCGUGUUUAUGGAGAAAGCAUUGGAUAGUGAACAAACCAAAUCUUAUGGACAAUUAUUAUUGACAAAGAACUUUCGUCCUCGAUCAUUUUCGAUUUGUCCACUCGAUACAACAGAGAAAGCAGCAGACGUCACAAAACAAAUAAUUAUCGCUCGAUUCGGUUUAAAUCCGAAAAUCACAAUUGAUCUUGUUAAUCUUCAUUUGAAUAGUAAUGGAUCUCGAAAUGCUGAGCGAAGGCGUUGUCAAACCCUUGAACAUCUUUUACAAAAUCUCAAAACGAAUAAUUUUAUGUUGAUUGGAGAUUUUAAUUUUGGAGAUUUUGAUUUGAAAGAAAACGAUUUACUGGGCAAAUAUCAAGAAGAAGUGCAUGAUCUUUGGAAACAGAUUUAUAACAUUGAUGAAAAUCCGGGUUAUACUUUCGAUCCAUCGCGUAAUAUUUGUGCUCGAAUAAUGUCGGAUAGUCAAAUCAAUCGUCGAUUUGAUCGAUAUUUGCUUCAUAAAUUAGAUAACGUUUAUUAUUCAAUCGAAAAUCUUCAGCUUGUUGGAACUGAAACAAUUCCAAUUGAUGAAUCAAAUGAAAAACAAAUUAAUUUAUCUGAUCAUUAUGCGUUACAAUUAAUUAUUGAUUUUCAAACAAGAAUAAUUAAUCAUCGUUCGGCUCUUGUCAUUUUACCAUCAACAAAUCACUGGCCUAUGAUUAAGUCCUUUUGUGAUGGAGACGGCCCUUCGUUUGUUCAGUGGCCACCACAUUUUAAUCUACUUUGGCCAUUUUACUAUCUUAAUCAUUCCCUUGAUGAUCAACUCGAUAUUCUUUUACCUUUACGAAUCUUACUUUCACAAAUCAGUUCAUUUCAAAUUCAAGUCGAUGAUUUUGACACAUUUGUGGAAAAUCAUGUUUCUUUUCUUAAACCAAAUGAAAAAUCGACUCAGUUGAUGAAAGAAUUGUUCGAAAAGACAAAACGUCUAUUGCCAGCAUGUGUAAAAAAUCCUCAAAAUGAAUAUAAUCCACAUUUGACCAUUGAACAAUAUGAAAACGCCGAGCAGCUGAAGCAAGCGAGAUCAUCGUUAGUUUUAGACAAACCAUUUGAUUUUCCAGUUGAAUAUGUUUACAUUUUACAACGAUGUCUAAAAGAUGAUGCGCAACCAUUUCAUAUUUUGUAUCAAAUACCACUUGGUCCUGUUCUACCAAAGUUAAAUUCAAUCGAUUCAAAAUUAAAAGAAUUCUUUCAAACAAUGAAUCUCUAUGAAAAUGAUGAAUCGUAUAAUCAAAAACACGAUAAAUUCACAAAACUCUCGUCAUGUUUUCAACAAAUAUUCAAUCAGCAAAAUUCGCAUCAUUUUCGCCAUUCAUUUGUUCCAUAUGGAAGUUUUCGUAUCGGUAUAAAUGGGCACGAUCUCGAUACAGUUUUUGUAUUGAAUGAAGUAAAAUCGAAUGAAGAUGAAACUGAACUUGAUAAAACACUUAUUAAAAUGCAACACGAUAAAAGCUCGUUGAACAAUCACAUUUUGAAUUUACUGGAAACACAAAUAAAAACGAAUUUCGAGAAUGAAAUCGUUUAUUGUCGAAAAGUUCAAGCAUUGUUUUCAAUUAUUUCAAUUUUAUUUACCGAUCAAACAAAAGUCGAAGUUUCUCUACAAAUCAAAUUAAAUGAAAAGCAACCGCUGGAGUCUUCGAAAGAACCCACACUCGGGGUACAUGAAAUCGAACAUCUUCUUAUUCAUGCUCGUUCACCCCCGAUCUUUCAGCAUCUUCUAACAUUCAUUCGUAAAUGGGCUCAGAAUUUCGGUAUCUACGGUCAAGUCUACGGUUAUUUAGGUGGUUAUUCUUGGGCUAUAUUAUGUGCACACAUCUGUCAUUCAUUCUUAACUCCCAUCAAAUCUCUUUACACCAUCGAACAAUUUUCCGUAGAUCAACUCUUUUCAUUAGUUCAAUCAUUUUUUUCAACAUAUUCAAAAUUCAAUUGGUCAACAGAAGCACUUACUCUUGUCCCAAGACUUUCAAAAUCAAUGAAUAAUUCGUCAUCUAUUCUUCAGCGUGGUUCAAUGCGUAUUCUAUCACCUACUCCACCCCAUAACAACUCAGCUCGUGCGACAAUGGCUUCAAAUCGCGAUUUAAUUGUUCAAUCUUUUCAACGCAUCGAAAAUUUACUUGAAACAAUAAAUACAAUAAGUUCAGAAGAUAAAUUCAAUGCACUCAAACGAAUCCUCGAAUUAAAAGUCAAUUUCCCAAUUGAAAAAAUUCAGACAAUCAUCGAAUGUACAUUAUCAACUGACAAUCCCAAUGAACUUGAUGAAUGGAUUGGAUGGAUGAAAUCACGUUUAGCAUAUUUCAUAAACGAUUGUGAAACGAAAUGUAAUUUAUUUGUUCAAAGAAACAAUUCAAUUGAAUACCAAUCGAGCAAGAAUGAAGGUGUCUAUUCAAUUGGAUUUGAAAUUGACGAAGAAAGAUUAAAAACACAUCGAUCUUUUUCUCAUUGUUUGAGUCGAUUUCUCGAUCAAUGCAAUUCGUAUUCGAAUCGAAAAGAGUCAAUGAAAAUCUCACAUAAGCUCCUAUCAAUACACGAUUGGAAACUCGAACAAAUGCUACGGAAACCGCAAAGAUUGAAAAAUUAA